UUCCUUAUAUUAAGGGGGGAAACUUCAACCACACCUCAGAGAUCUUGGAAACAGUCUUUCCACUCACCGCUCUCUAUCUAGACAAGAGACCAUUCACUCCAGAGUUAACAUAUGAAUUCAGCUUUACAUUAAGAUUCUACUGAAACAGCAAAACCUCACAUAAACAGAACCAACAAAAAAAUCAGGGGCCCAGGAAUAACUCUGGGAAUAAAGGGGUCUUGUGUAUAAUAAAGGAAAAGACACAAGCUGAGAAUCGAACAGGACGAAGGGUUUUGGACGAACCUCAGUUUAUUUCAUUGAGAUUUUUCCUUCCAUCUCGUGUCAAAACGGCCUGCAGGGUGGCGAGAGAGAGGAGAGAAUCGAACCGGUGCACGCCGGAGAUGAGUGCGUUCUGGCAUAAGAUUGGCUGCUGUGUGGUAGCCAAACCUCCUCCGAAAAAGAAACGGAGGAGAAUUGACCGUAGCAUGAUCGGAGAGCCUACAAACUUCGUCCAUCUGACACACAUAGGCUCUGGUGAAAUGGCAGAUGGCAUGCAGCCGUCUGGCCCCAUGCAGGAACAGAUGAAAUCCAAAGUGCCUCACGCUAAUGGACGAAACAGCCUGUUAUAGCCUCUUUAUUGUUUUUAACCCCUCAGCAGAACCUGUCCAGCUAGCAGCACUUUACCAAUUAGCACAGGACCGGCUGUACAUCAACAGAACAGGUUUUGGUGACGAAUAGCAACAUCUGAUUGCUGCAGUUGCCAAUGUGGAUGACUCCUCUGCAGGGUUCUUUAUGUUAUUGAUCUUCUUUUCAGAGGAGACAUUGUCCCUACUUUAAGACUGUUUUAAUACCUUUGGACCGGGAACGUGUGGAAAAUUGUGAACGUGUGAAGUGUGAGUUUGAAUGUUUCGAGACACUGUGUGCGCUACGGAAGAGGAAAGGCUCUUAUCACGGUAACACAGGGGACUGUUUAACUGCCUUCCCAAAGUUAGAACUGGCCUGUUUGUAAUAGUCUGCCCUUGAUAAGGAUGUGUGCAAAUGCGUUUGAUUUCGUUUUGUGAUGGAAAAUGUGUUGACCUACGGCAUCUCAAACUACUUUCUAUUAACGGUUGCACAAUGAUCGAAAUCCUUUCUAAUGGUGACUCAGGAUUCCUUUUUACAACCAUUGCAGAAGUCCUAGUUCUUUGUCUUAGUCUCCAGUAGGUGUUUAAGGAAACUUUCAAAUAUAAAAUUCUGACAUUUUUGAUCCGGCUUAAAACCCUUUUUAAACAAACAUGCUCAUAUUUUUAGAAGUGACAGAAUUUGUAUUUUUGAAUGAACCGUUCCUUUAAACGCUUGUCUGGUUUUUGGGACUUUGAACGUCAGCUAUCAUCAAGGCUACCUGCCGGUAAAAGUCACAUUAGAUAUUUACUUUCACACGUCAAGCUCCACCCCACGCAAGCUCAAACACACACUUUCUUAUUUCCGUAAUCACAUUGCACCGCUGUGCACCUGCUUGUGACUGCCACUAAAUCGCAGACGCACACCUUGUAUACUUUGCAUAUGUUUUUUCGCUCUGUGUAGCACUGUGUUAUGGGGAAUUCCUCAUGUUGACAGACGGAUGUUUGCUUGUAAUCACGUUUUGCUUUGCUGGAUCCCAGACUGUAGUUUACUUGCUGUAAUUUGGUAGGAAAAAUAUUUUGGUAGGAAAAGCUUCCACAAUGUCCGUAUUGCUGUAGAAAUAUAAUGUAGGAACACAUUUUUAUAGUAACGAGUUGCCCAGUGGUGCUCAACAAACACAUUUCAUUAUUCAGUAUAGGAUACAGAUAUUUCUGUUGCAGCCAAAGACAUCUCUGUUAACGUCAUGAUAAAUGUCGGCUUUCUUUUCGUGUGCGCUGUUUACCAUCUUUAAUAAGUAUAUGCUGUCACUUUCAAAGCCAAAAUGUAUAUGGUGCAAAGCACUCUGCCUGCUUCCUUAUUCUUGUUUUUCUUUAUAGUUUUACUCAUUGUGUGAUCAAAUUUGAGCUGUGAUAUUGUGGUUCAUGUCAUGGUGUUAUGUUGGUGCAUCUUUUUGUACCUUUUUGUUGUGCUUUAAUUUGUAACAAUACAGUUGUACAAAGAG